AUGCUACAUACGCAGAGUACGAUUACGUUCUGUUUGUGGUCCCAGAUUAACGAUGCCGUGGUGGACGGAUCAGAGGCUGCACCGAAGAUAAGGCAACUACAGGCUGAAAUUGAGGCUUUGCGUGGACUUCUUAAAAUGACAAAGGACUAUCAUCGGGAAGAAAUUAAGUUGCUUGAGCAGUCGCAAUCUUUGCAGGAGGAGCUGGACUUCACCGUGUCGCAGUGCAAGUUGCGGAUCGGUCAACUGGAAAGCUUCCAAGAAACGGCCCGUGCCGAACUCGCCUCCACUAUGGCGGCAGCCAGGGAUGACGCCCUAAAGACGGUCGCUACGCUUCGCAACGAGCACACCUUAGAAUUGGAGGCCCUGACAGAGCGGCACGCUAAGGCACUGGCGAGUCUGCGAGAAGCAGACGCCACCGAGGCGCGAGUUCUCACAGAAAUGCAGCCAACUGCGGAGGCCUUGCAGGUCCUCCUCGGCCAGCUUCUCUCAGCCACAAAUGAGGUGAAGCAAGCGGAAGUUGAACAUCAAACCGCGAUAGCUCAACGUCUCGUUAAGUUGGAAAGACGUGAGGAAAUUAUCCGACUUGCUGAAGAACGACUGUGUGACAGGGAAAGGGAGUCCGACAGGACUCAUAAGCUGCUGACCGAGGCAGUGGGAAAAUUGGAAGUACAGUUGAGAGAGCAGAGUAAAUUAUUGGAGGAUGAUAGGUGGACACUAAAACAGGAACAGGCGCGUCUGACUAAAAUUCAAGCCACAUUGGAGGAAGAUCGACGUGCUCUCAUUGAACAGGCAGGAAGGGAACGGAUUGAACUCCAACAGCUCAUAACAAAUUUUUUCGAUGAGCACAGAGAAACACAGUCACGUCUGGCUGCAGAACGAAAUUCCAUAACAGAGGAGCAGCAGAAGCUUCGCGUUGAUCAGGUUUGUUGGCGUCGACAGCAGGAAGAGGAAGAGAAGAAGUUGACUUCGUUGAAAGGAGAGAUGGAGAGAACCAAGGAAUCCCUUCAGGUGGAAAGACAUGCUCUCGAUGAAAGAAUACAUCAGCUAAAGCUUAACGAAGUAAAACUCACUGAAACGCAGCAUCAUCUGGAUAUUGUUAGGAGCAAUCUACAGGGCAAGGAGACUUGUCUGAACGAGCGUGAGGCCGAACUGGACAGACGACAGGAGGAGCUGACGAAUCGUGCCGGCGCACUGAGUGGAACGCAGGCAGCUGUGGCCGAAGUCGACGCCAAGUGUCGUCGACUAAUGGAGGAGCAAACUCGGACCCAGACCGAGCUACAGAGCCGCAGACAGGAACUCGAAGAUAUGGAGAAAAGACUUGCGAAAGAGGAAGAGGAUUUGGCCCGACGGGAGGCUGAGUAUGCAAGGAAGGCGAAAGCGGAGAAGAAACUGAUCUGUUCUCGAUGCAAGCAGGUGGUGAAAAAGGUGUCGCGUGGCGGUCACGACUCCAGCCCAAAACGGCAUCAGCCGGACCGUGAUGUGGAGGCCAGGUGGGUGGAAACUCCAAGCCCAGAUAAUCUCUGCCGCGACGCAUUUAUUUCAAAACCCGAGGCAGUGAGGCUGAUUGAAGACAUUUCCAACCAUCAAACGCGAUCUCGGUUGCUGGAAGAGCUGAGGCAGGAGCUUGCAAAGACGGCAAGUCAGGCUUACGGCACCGAUCUCAGCAGUGCUGGAUGCAGCUCGGAAUUGUCGCUCAGCGACUGGAAAACCAACAAUAUUUACGAAACUGUAAUUAUCGGAACCUGA